AUGCUGGUCUCAACAUCUCGCAUCGCCAGCCUUACGCUACGUCAAUCAGCCAAAACUCUUACUCGCACUACACUGCCUGCCCCUGCUCGCAGAGCAUCUCCCGCAAUCUCACGUACCAUCCUCACCCGUCGAACGUACGCAACAUCCACAACCCCAACCUCCACCUCCCUCGAUCCCGCAGAAGAAGAAUCGCAACGCUUUCUAGAAGAAGGCACUACUCAUCUCGAAUCCGGCGAUCUCACCUCUGCUGCCGCCUCCUACCGUCGCUCCCUUUCCAUCAAACGCAACUCCUCCGCCCUCUUCAACCUCGGCGUAUGUCUCUAUCACGACCGAGACCUUCCCGCAGCCAUCGAAGCUUGGAACGAAUCCCUAGAACUUUCCCCCGAUUCCGCCGAUGCGCAUACAAAUUUAGCCUCGGCGUAUGUGCUGAGUAAACCGAGUAGACCGGAUUUAGCGGUACACCAUUUGAAAACGGCGGCGGGGAUCACACCGGAAGAUCCAGAAAUUCAGUAUAAUCUAGCUGCGGUACUAGAGGCGUGCGAACAGCUGGAAGAUGCAUUGGUGGCGUAUAAGAGAGCACAGGAGGGUGGGAUAAGUAGAGCAGAACAGAAUAUAAGGAAUUGUUCGGCAAAGUUGCUGGCUGCUAAGUUCGCGGUUAAGCAGCAACAGAAGGAGGAACAGCAGGGUAAGAAGGGAGGUGAGGAGCAAAAAUGA